AAUGGAAGAUACUUUAGAAAGUAUUAUUGCACUAAAAAUCUGCCUUCAAUAAUGAAUGUGGAUAGUGGGGGCAUGCAUUCCCAUUCCCUCCACUCCCCAACCAUAAGAAUUCAUUAUAUAAGGAGAGUCCCUUCCCAUGCAAACACCACAGCAAAAAUUACAAAACACUUAGAGCUAAGGCGAAGAGCGAAGAAAAGUUUGCCAUAUUAACAACACCAUAAUUAAUAAUGGCAGAAAUGAAACAGCCAGUGGCUAUAAUUGGAGCUGGAAUUAGCGGUCUAAUUGCUUGCAAGUUUGUAGCUCAAAAGGGGUUACACCCUGUCGUUUACGAGGCCGAAGACGGUAUUGGAGGGGUGUGGGCUCGAACCAUCAACUCAACCAAACUUCAAAACCACAAAAGCACUUAUGAAUUCUGUGACUUCCCUUGGCCUUCUUCUGUUCAGACUGAUUAUCCUUCUCAUCAACAAGUUCUUGACUAUCUCCAUUCUUACGCACUUCAUUUUGAUAUCCUUCCCUUCAUCAACUUCAAUUCUCGUGUUCUCAGUAUUGAUUACGAUACCGAUGGAGUUGAUGAAAUGGAGAGUUACUCGCCUCAGCUCUGGGGAGGAACUGGCCUCCCCUUUGCUAAGGAACCUAGAUGGAUCCUUGAAGUUCAAGACACUAAAACUAAUACGGUUCAGGUUCAUCGAGCUGGGUUUGUGAUAUUGUGCAUGGGGAAAUACAGUGGGAUGCCAUACAUACCAGAGUUCCCACCAAAUGAAGGCCCAGAAGUGUUUCAUGGGAAAGUGCUUCACUCAAUGGAUUACGCUUCCAUCUCUAAGAACAAAAUAGGAGGUGUCUCAGCUUGCACUCAGUUAGUGAAAGGCAAAAAAGUUGCAGUGGUUGGAUCUCUCAAAUCAGCCAUGGAUAUAGCAAUGGAAUGUGCAGAAGCAAAUGGAGCGGAAAACCCAUGCACGUUGCUUGUAAGAAACCCCCAUUGGUUGACUCCUUCUGACCAAGCAUGGGGUGUCGAUAUAGGUCUUUUGUAUAAUAGUCGUUUCUCUGAACUAUUGGUUCAUAAACCUGGCGAGAACUUUCUACUCAGUGUCAUCGCCACCUUACUUUCCCCCGUGAGAUGGGGUAUCUCAAAAUUUGUGGAGAGCUACCUACGAUGGAAACUUCCAUUAAAGAAACAUGGAAUGCUACCAAAGCAUAGCUUUUUUGUAGAGGUUUCUUCAUGCCAAGUUGCAACCAUCCCUCCAAAAUUCUACCAAAAAGUGGAAGAAGGUAGCAUUGUCUUGAGAAAAUCCAACUCCUUCACCUUCUCCAAAAACGGUCUCGUCAUCGACGACGACGACACCCAACCUGUCGAAGCUGACGUCGUCAUUCUCGCCACCGGCUACCAAGGCAAUCAAAAGCUCAAAUCCAUCUUCAGAUCUACCACUUUCCAAAAAUACAUCUCCACCUCCCCAACCUCCAUCAUGCCUCUGUACAGACAGGUGAUUCAGCCAAGGAUUCCGCAGCUAGCGGUGAUCGGGUAUGCAGAGGGGAUAUCAGACUUGUUUAGCUCGGACAUGAGAUGCCAAUGGCUAGUACAUGUGCUUGAUGGAAGCUUCAAGUUACCAAGCAUAAAAGAAAUGGAGGAAGAAAUAAGGUCGUGGGAGAUGAACAUGAAAGAAUAUGCAGGGGAAUACUUUUGGAGAUCUUGUGUUGGAAUUAAUAAUAUUUGGUAUAAUGAUCAACUUUGCAAAGAUAUGGGGAGAAAGUACUUUAGGAAGCAGUCCAUUUUGGCUGAGCUUUUUCAUCCUUAUCUGCCUUCGGAUUAUGCAAGUCUCAGCAAUGAGUAAAUUCACAAACUCAAACUCAAAAUUCCCCCAAUACUAAAUUAUAUAACUAUAAAAAUUAAAAUAAAACUCUUAUUAAUAUAUUUUUACUUUAUGUUUGUGCAUUUUUCUUUCUCUACUUAGGAAUAAGUUAUCAGAAGGAGUCAUAGUCGAUGGUUUGGUUUUAUGUAACUGUUGGAAGAAUGAGAGAGAAAUGUUGAAUAAUGUAAGUUAUGAAUAUAUUUAUUUAUGGAUGUAUGUAUUUAAUCGCUUGUUUUAUAUAUAAGCUAAGGUAAUUGAUGAUCUAAUUAUGUUUUUA